AUGCCUGAGGCUGCUCAAGUUGACUACUUAUGGUUUGAGAAAGUGAAGCCUAGCGGGAGAAUCCUGUGUUGGAUGUUUGUGAAGGAGAUACAUUGUGUUGCAAUUAAGCGGGAGUUUGGGAUCCAGUACUUUCGAUCUUUACUGAGCAUUCUAUCUUUGCCAUUAUUUUAUGAUGUGGCCGCUUUGACAAAGAUAGAUCUCAUAAAUCGCUCAAAAUAUGAUGGUGCAACACUAUUCGAGCGAUUGAUUAGAAUGAACAAGAAGUCUGGGUGGAAGGACAAGUCUUACAAACCUCAGUUCCCCAUCUACCAACAAAUCAACUUUACGCUUGAUCCGGCAACCAACACUGGCAGAUACAAGCUUAUUUACGAGCCGACGAAAGUGGUAGACAAGAUUCCUUUGAUGCCAAUGAGGCAAGACUUUCUGGGUGAAAUGCGUUUAUGGUGUUAUGAUUCCGACACACAUGAGGCAGUGAUCGUUUUCAAUGGCGAUCAAGAGAAUUUCAGGAUGUUGGAUCCAAUGUGGAUAGUUAAUUUGUCCGCAUCCGACAUUAACAAGUUGUACCGGCAUGACAUAUUCUAUGAAGACAAGGACGCACAUCAGGGGAAUACAUUCGGGCAGUUCAUAGUCCGAACGACACUGAAGAAGGAAGAUAUAAAGACCGAAGACAAGGUUUGGUUGUGUAAAUCGAUCUUCCGAUUUCGGGACCUACACAUCGGUUGUGACCUCACAAUGAAAAGUCUCAUGUCCCUGCCAAGAUACAACUAUGCUCGCAUCGCGUCACUAAACCGGAGUUUUCGUGAGCUCAUUAGAAGUGGUGAACUUUAUAGGCUAAGAAGCGUUCAUCAAGUAAUUGAACAUUGGGUCUAUUUUUCUUGUGACCCAUUGAAGUGGGAAGCUUUUGAUCCUGUCAACGAGAAAUGGAUGAAUCUACCCAUGAUGGAUACUGACUUAGGCUUCCAGUUCUCGGAUAAAGAGUCCAUGGCAGUUGGCACAGACCUACUGGUUAUAGGAAAUGAUAUGCUUGGCCCGGGUAUCUACAAGUACAGUUUUUUAACAAAUUCAUGGUCACAAGGGCUGCCAAUGAAUGAACCCAGAUGGUUGCUUGGGUCCGCCAGUUUUAAGAAUAUUGCAAUCUUUGCAGGUGGUGUGGAUCGAAAUGGAAAGAUCAUGGAUGCGGUAGAAAGUUACGACAGUGAGACAGGGACUUGGAAGACACUUCCUAGUAUGAUUAAGCCGCGGAAAUUGGGUUCUGGGGUCUUUAUGGAUGGUAAGUUUUAUGUAAUAGGAGGGAUUAGCAGUAGUGAUUCAAAUCCAUUGACAUGUGGAGAAGAGUAUGAUCUAGAUACCCAAAAGUGGACUGAAAUUCCCAACAUGUCACCUGGUGGUGGCGGACAUGGAAUGGCUCCGCCGCUGCUUGCAGUGGCAAGCAAUGAGUUAUAUGCUGCUGAUUGUGCAGCAAUGGAACUGAAGAUGUAUAGCAAGAAGAACAAAGAAUGGGUUGCUAUUGGAAGGUUGCCUGAAAUAGCACACAGUAGGGAUGGUUGGGGUAUUGCAUUUAGAGGAUGUGGGAAUCGUGUCGUCAUCAUUUGUGGUCCUAGAGAUACCCAGAAUAGAUAUAUAGAGAUAUAUUCAUGGGUCCCUAGCGAAGGGCCACCACAGUGGACGAGGAUUGGCUGGAAAAGUAGUAAUAACUUUGUCUACAAUUGUGCUAUAAUGGGCUGUUAA